UUGCCACACUCGUAUUCAUUCUCGUACAUUAUGAGAACCAUCCUGCUUCUGCUGGUGGCCGCUUUUGUGGCAGACCAAGCAGCUGGACAAUGGAACGCCAAUUAUGCGGCUGGCCGCACGACCAUGGUCCAUUUGUUCGAAUGGAAAUGGGACGAUAUUGCUGCCGAGUGUGAGAGAUUUCUAGGGCCCAAAGGAUAUGCAGGAGUUCAGGUCUCACCACCCAAUGAGCAUAUUGUUAUCAUGGAAUCUACCGUCCAACGACCGUGGUGGGAGCGUUACCAACCUGUUUCUUACAAAUUAGUUACCCGCUCUGGUGAUGAGAAUGCUUUCAAGAACAUGGUAGAUCGUUGUAAUGCUGUUGGGGUCAGGAUCUAUGUUGAUUGCGUUUUCAAUCAGAUGACACCUGGAAGUGGAACGGGUAUUGGAGGAUCAUCCGUCGAUGGAGGAUCCAUGAGCUAUCCUGCCGUUCCGUACGGACCCAAUGACUUUACUCCUAGGUCAAGCUGCCCAAGCGGUUCAGGUGAUAUUGAAAAUUACGGCAAUGCCCAGCAGGUGCGUAACUGCAAACUUAGUGGAAUGCCCGAUCUCUACCAAGGAUCGGAAUACGUCCGUGGUAAGAUCCUAGAGUUUCUUAACAGGCUGACUUCGUACGGUGUAGCUGGUUUCCGAUGGGAUGCAAGCAAACAUAUGUGGCCUGGAGAUUUGAAAAUUAUAUCCGACAGGCUUGAUAACUUACCCACUGCAAAAGGAUUCCCUGCUGGUUCCAGGCCUUACAUCUACAUGGAAGUCAUCGAUCAAGGAGGAGAGCCAAUCACUGCCAACGAAUACUUCUACAUCGGCCGCGUGACCGAGUUCAAAUACGGAAGAAAACUCAGCGACGUCUUCCACAAGAAAACUGCAUUGAAAUAUUUGGUGAACUUUGGCGUUGGUUGGGGUUUGAUGCCCGAGGGCAAUGCUUUGGUCUUCAUCGACAAUCAUGACAACCAACGCGGUCACGGUGGAGGCGGUGAUCUCUUGACGUUCCGAGAGUCUAAACUCUACAAGAUGGCUGUUUCCUACAUGUUAGCGUGGCCCUACGGCGAUGCCCGUGUCAUGUCCAGCUACUAUUGGGACCAGUACAUGGUGAACGGACAGGAUCAAAAUGACUGGGUAGGACCACCUCACGAUAGCAAUUUCAACAUCCUGUCUCCAACCAUUAAUGCUGAUGAGUCGUGCGGAAAUGGCUGGAUUUGUGAACAUCGAUGGCGACAGAUCUACAACAUGGCCAAGUUCCGCAACAUUGUUGCAGGCACAGGCAUGAAUGACUGGUGGGACAAUGGAAACAACCAAAUCGCGUUCUGUCGCGGAGGCAAGGGUUUCAUUGCAAUUAACAACGAAGGCUCAAACAUGUCCCAAACUCUACAGACCUGUCUUUCGGCUGGAACAUACUGCGACAUUAUCUCGGGCAACUUGUCUAAUGGAAAGUGUACAGGCAAAUCAGUUACAGUAGGAUCUGAUGGCAGAGCUUUAAUUAGCAUCGGCUCAGCAGAGGAAGAUGGAGUGCUGGCAAUUCACGUUGAGUCAAAGCUGUAACCACAUCUGGCAUGGCUUAUAACUUGGAGAUGAAUUCUUUAAUUGGAACAUAAACUAAAAUGCAAUAAAUGUAAAAUCAGUGCAAAUGUAUACCUGUGAUCAAUAAAUACCUUAAGCCGAAA